AUAUGCUGUUACUCACUUGUAUCACUUCCCAUCACUGAACUCUCAAGCUCUCCCUUCAUUUUUUCUCUUUUCUCUUUGUCAGUCUCCUUUGGAAACAAAGAAUCAUGGGGAAAGAGAGAAGCAAGCAGAGUUCUCUAAUUCUGUGGGCCGCAUUUGCUGCAUUGCUCUCGCAGAAUCUGGUCAUUCCUGUCAUGUCUUCUGCUUCUUUUGAAGAACAAAAGAACUAUUACACUCCUGAUCCACAUAUUGGAAGUCCCCCAACAGGUUCAAGCACACCACCAUCACAUGGCCAUGGAACACCCUCUCAUGCAACACCAUCUCAUGGAAGCAGUAGCCAUGGAAAAACACCAUCUGCAAACUGUGGUAAUCCUCCAAAAGGAGGGCAGCAUCAUCAUAACCCUACCCCAGCUCCACCUCCAGGAGGUCAUAGUGGUGGUUACUACCCCACCCCUCCAAGUACACCCACACCUAGUAACCCCUCCACACCCACCCCACCAACUACUCCUAUCGUUGACCCUGGCACUCCAAGCACUCCUGGUAGCCCAACACCAUCACCUCCUUUUACAUGCGAUUACUGGAGGACUCACCCGGGACUGAUAUGGGGCUUGUUUGGUUGGUGGGGAACUGUUGGUGGUGCCUUUGGUGUAGCUAGUGCUCCAGGGCUCGGCUCAAACAUGAACUUGCUACAAGCACUUGCAAAUCAACAUACUGAUGGACUUGGGCAACUCUACAGGGAAGGCACAGCUUCUUUGCUUAACUCCAUGGUUAGCAAGAGGUUCACUUACACCACCACACAAGUCAAGAACAGUUUUGCUACAGCACUCAGGUCCGACAAGGCUGCAGCAGCUCAGGCUCAGCUAUUCAAGUUAGCCAACGAGGGUCAGCUCAAGCCCAGAGCUUGAAAAUUCGUUUUCAUAGUCACCAUCAAUAUCUUGUUAUUUCUAGUUCAUUAUGAUAUUCUGUGUGUUUACUUUAGGAUUGAGCAUUAAUGUUUUUCUAGUUGUCUUUAUCAAAACUGAUGUUUUUCUGUUUGCUUUCGAAUCUUACAAAAUCAAGAGGAUACCAACCUCCAUUGUCUAAUCAAUUAUCAGUAAAAUAUUUCUUUGUUGUAUUA